AUGACAUCUCGACUAUCACCAACCUCGCCGCCGCGCCGCGACUCGUUCUCACCCCGCACAUCCUCCUCGCUAGACGAAAAGCGCUCCGCCAUGCCCUCCAGUAUCGACGUCCCUGGCAUUGUCCUCACCGAAGCAUCCUGCGAUCGCCCGACCUCGCCACCACCAAAAUCCAUCGUCCUCCUCAGCCCCGCCUGCGUAGCCUACCCCCCACCUCCACGCUCACCGUGGACGCUCAGCGCCAAGCCGACCACUGCGCGCACGCUCGCCGUCGUCCUGCUUGUUGUCAUGGCCGCGUACCACUUAUACUCGACCCUCGACCUCUCCACCAUCGUUCCCGUGCACGCCAUGGUGCCAUGA